AUGCAGAUGGCACCCUGCACAAAGAAUUCCUCUCAGCCGCUUCAGCUGCGGCGUCACAGAGGAGCCAUCCUGGCUGCUUCCGGGGGCUCAGUUGUGACCUCUCCUCCACAGAAGCCCCCCGUCCCCAUGGCUGUCCUCCGCCGUUUCCCGUUUUCGUCAGCUCUGCGAAGGAUGUGCGUUCUGGGGAAGGCUCCCGGCAACAGCCCUGUGGAGGCUUUCAUGAAGGGAGCGCCGGAGACGGUGGCCAGUCUCUGCAAGAGAGAAUCAGUCCCGCAGGAUUUUUCCCAGCAGCUGCACCAGUUCACAAGCAACGGGUUCCGUGUUCUGGGGCUGGCUUACAAGCCCUCGGUGGCCGUGGGGACCUUUGAAGAAGCCCAGGAGGUGACCAGAGACUGGGUGGAGGCGGACAUGAUCUUCCUUGGGCUCCUGGUCCUCAAGAACGUCCUCAAGCCCGAGACAACACCCGUCAUCCGUGUGCUGCGCAGUGCGGGGAUCCAAACCGUCAUGGUCACAGGGGACAACAUGCUCACUGCAGUGAACGUGGCGAGGAGCUGCCAAAUGUUGGAGGCGCAAGAGCGGGUGGUGUUUGUCAACGCUGCGCCGCCCAGCCACGGCAAGCUAGCUGCCCUCACCUUCACUCCUUCUGAUAUCUCUUCGGAGCAGGGUGCCCACCGCCAAGACGGCGACUUCCAGGAACAGCAGCCGUCCUCCUUCGCCUUGAACGGGAAAUCCUUUGCGGUCCUCUGCGAGUGCUUCCCAGCCCUCUUGCCCAAGAUAUUAGUCCAAACGACUAUUUUCGCACAGAUGUUACCUGAUCAGAAAACUCGCUUGGUCGAGCAUUUGCAACAGCUGAACUACUGCGUGGCGAUGUGUGGCGACGGGGCCAACGACUGUGGGGCUCUGAAGGCAGCCGAUGUGGGCAUCUCGCUCUCCGAAGCGGAGGCCUCGGCAGCAGCACCAUUCACUUCCCAGAUGGAUAAUAUCAACUGCGUCCCCAUCACCAUUAGGGAAGGAAGAUGCUCCUUGGUCACCUCCUUCGGCCUCUUCAAAUACAUGGCCUUCUACAGCCUCACGCAAUUUGUUUCCGUGCUCCUGCUGUACACGAUCAACACCAACUUGAGCGACGGGCAGUUCCUGUUCACCGAUCUCAUCAUCACCACCACGAUGGUCGCUCUCAUGGGCAAGACCGAGCCUGCCGAGGACUUGGGUCUCCGGCGCCCGCAGGGAGCCCUGAUCAGCCUCGCCGUCCUGGGCAGUCUUUGCCUCCAAACGGCUCUCAUCGUGGCCAUCCUGGUGAUCGUCUACUUCAUCACCAUCUCCCAGCAGUGGUUCACCCCUCUGAACAGCACUCUGUCCGCCCCCGCAAACCUGCCAAAUUACGAGAACACGGUUAUCUUCUGCACCUCGGGGUUCCAGUAUCUCAUCUUGGCGGUGGUCGUGUCCAAAGGCCGGCCUUUCCGCAAGCCGCUUUAUACCAAUGUGCCCUUUUUGAUUGCCUUACUCUUGCUCACCGGCUUCAUGAUCUGGCUGACCGUCUUUCCGCUGGCCUUCAUGCAAAAGCUCCUGCGUUUGAAGAGCCCCAGUGACCUGAGCUUCAAAGUGAUCUUGCUGGGAAUGGCUGCUCUCCACUUCUUCGUGGCUUUCGUGCUGGAGGUGGGCUUGGACCACGGCCUGCUGAACGGCUUCCGGAAGCUGCGACGCAAGAAGGCAUCCAAAAAGCUUUACAAGCAGCUGCAGUGGGAGCUUAGCCAGGAGAAGAGCUCGUGGCCGCCUCUCCACGCACCUCUCUUUGCCCCCACCAGAACCUCCCCAGCCACAAGAUGACACCAGUCGGUGACCGUCUCUGUGUCGGGUCUCUGCUGCUGUUCCUUUUCGGAUCUAGUCCCUUCCUCCCAG